CAAGCAUCCCUGUGCACAACAAAACAAACAAAAUGGUCUUCAAGUUCGUCAUCUUCUCAUCCUUCGUGGCUUUGGCGUACGCCAGCGCGCCGGCAGCCAUCGCAGCAGCGCCGGUCGCUGCAGCACCCGUAGCCUACGCCGCGCCCCUCGCAAGAGUUGAAGAAUACGACCCCUUGCCCCAGUACAGAUUCGGAUACGAUGUCGCCGACUCUCUUACUGGGGACUACAAGAGUCAACAGGAGCAGCGCGACGGAGACUUUGUCCAGGGCCAGUACUCGCUUGUCGACCCUGACGGCACUCGUCGUAUCGUGGACUACGCCGCCGACCCCGUUAACGGCUUCAAUGCGGUCGUCCGCAAAGAGCCCCUGGUUGCCGCCGCUCCUGCCGUUGUCGCCGAACCCGCCGUCGUUCCUGCUCGCAUCGCCGCCGCACCUGUCGUAGCCGCUAAAGUUGCCGCACCUGUGGCUGCCCCAGUGGUCGCUCAACCCGCUGUAGUUCCCGCUCGCUACGCCGUCGCCGCCCCCGCUCCUGCUGUCGCUGCACCCGUCGUUGCUAGAUACGCCGCCGCCCCAGUCGCAGCACCUAUUGCCGCUCCCGUCUAUGCUCGCUACGCCACCGCACCGGUUUACGCGCGCUAUGCUACUGCCCCAGUCUACGCGCCCUACGCCGCCGCUCCCGUUGUCGCUGCGCGUUACGCCGCGGGUCCCGUGGUAGCGGCCGGCUACGCCGCACCUGUUGCCGCCGCUAUUAAAGCCGCUCCCGUCGCUUACACGGCCGCGUAUCCCGCGCCAGUUGCCGCCGCCUACACCGCACAAGUGGCCUAUAACGCUCCGGUAGCUUAUGCGGCUCCAGUCGCUGCUGUACCAUCCCCUGCCCGCCUGGUGGCACCUGCCGCCGCCGUAGCUCCCGUGGCCCCUGUAGCGCCGGUAGCCGAAGUGGCUCGCGCGGCACCCGCCAAGCUCGUCCAGCCAGUCGCCGCCGGUUACAGAUACCCCUAAACCUUACCACGACUUGAUGACUCAUUUUGUAAAGACUUGAUUUGUACAUAGAUAAUAAAUAUGUUUUCACUAUU